AUGUUCGUUCACAUCCUCCACACACGUCUGCACCUCCGCAUUAGUGCAAACGCGCUCCACCCGCCCUGCACCACCCGCCCUGCACCACCCGCCCUGCACCACCUGCCCUGCACCACCCGCCCUGCACCACCUGCCCCGCACCACCCGCCCUGCACCACCCGCCCUGCACCACCUGCCCUGCACCACCCGCCCUGCACCACCUGCCCCGCACCACCCGCCCUGCACCACCCGCCCUGCACCACCCGCCCUGCACCACCUGCCCUGCACCACCCGCCCUGCACCACCUGCCCUGCACCACCCGCCCUGCACCACCUGCCCCGCACCACCCGCCCUGCACCACCCGCCCUGCACCACCCGAGGGAAUAA